UCCACACAGCAUCCCGUGCAACGAUCUCUAUCGCGCUACAGACUCAGCUUUGUCUAAGUGUGUAGUCGUUACCGUGAGUUUUGGUGUUUUACGAAGACUUCCAUCUCGGAUGUAAAGGAAGGGUAGCAGCUGUAUAUUCGCAGUCGAAAAGCGACAUGACGGUGGUGGUGGUCAGUGUACUACUGAGCCUACUUCCGCUCACCCUGACGUCGCAGACUUGCAACUGGAGGCUGACGGUGGUAGCUCCAGAAGUAGCUGCACCAGCACGACCCACCCCUGUGCUGAUCACUAUCAAACAGUUGGAUGCCCGGUUGAGGGACGCUGCUAAUGUGUCUCUUAGACUCUUUCCGGACACUGGAGUACCCAACAACCGUCCUCUAGUCCAGACCAAUGUGUACAUUCAAGACCACGGGGUCAUUCCUCUGAUGAUUCCCAAGGACGUGACAGGUCAAGUCGUCCUCCAAGCGUCGGUCGAGGGGUCAGAAGAGGUCACCACCUCAUCAGUCAUCAAGGUCGUCGGGGUCGUCAGAGACGUCAUCGUCCGACCGAUGAGCAAGUUCUACAAGCCUGGAGAGACUGUGGAGUUUUGGAUCCUAGCAGUCGAUCACGACCUUUCCCUCACUACAGACUCCAGAGGAAAGGUUUUCAUGGCGGAUCCUCAAGGCACCAAGGUGGCAGUUUGGGAGGAGAUUUCGCUCGAUCAAGGUGUCCAGAAGUUCUUCGUGACACUCUCCUCCACUGCGACUCCAGGUCCCUGGACGCUGGGGGUUGAGGUGGAAGACUCUGUGUUUACUUACUCCCUGAACGUAUCCCUGUCUCGAGGCAGUCAGGAUCCUCUCACACCCGACCUUGUCAUCGCCGAAGAACACUUUGUUGAGUUGAGGUUCGCCUCUGAAAUGCGAAGGAGAUACAAGCCUGGUCUGCCUUUUGUUGGAAAGGUAGAAGCUGUCAGCUCCGAGAAGGCAGUUCGUGUCCGGGUCAAAGUCUUGGACAACCAGACUGCGAUUUACAGCCAAGAUAUAGAGAUGGCUUUGGGAGAAGGAGCGUUUGUAGUUCCCGCCAUCUUGUCAGACAGUGACGUCAUAACUUUACAAGCCGAGCUAGUAUCAGUUGCGGGAAAGGACACUGACAACCACUAUGUCUUGGCUAAGGAACCGAUCCUCAAAUGGAAUUCUUCAUCGUCCUGCUAUCUACUUAUUGAGGGCAUGGAGAGAACUUUAGAGCCAAGCGAUGUGGCCAAAGCAACCAUCUUGUCUUCGUGUCCUUGUGAUCAUGACCUUCAUUACGUCAUCACGACAGAAGGUCACGUGACCUACUGGAGCCAAUCAGAGGCAAGCACUGAGGACCAGAAUCCACCCUCCGUGGCAGUGGACGGUGCUGCCAUCUGUAGGAUGAACUUUAGUUUUACAGUACAGCCAGUGAUGGCUCCUGUAAGUCAUCUGUUGGUCUAUUACGUCACAAGAGCUGGGGAGCCCAUCUCUGACGUCAUUACUUUUGACGUCAAGCUUGUGCAGAAGAAGGCCAGCGUGAACGUAGAGCAUCGACAGCCGUGGUACCCCGGGGACACCAUGGAUGUCGCUGUGGUCACCGAGGUAGGGUCGACCGUCUGUCUAGUUGGAGGCCGAGGUGGCGAGAUACAGGAAAACAAGCAGAUGGAGAGUGUGGACUUCUCUCAGGCUGGGCUGUGGUUGGCUCAACACGACUGUGGCAGAGGUGGGGGAGGAGGGGUGAGACAUUCCUCUCUGAGAGAGCCACGUCGUACAGUCAUGUUACACUCUGGCCUGGAGCAACUGUGGUUGUGGCACUGCUUCAACUAUACCAACUGUGGUUGUGGCACUGCUUCAACUAUACGGGUGAGACAUUCCUCUCUGAGAGAGCCACGUCGUACAGUCAUGUUACACUCUGGCCUGGAGCAACUGUGGUUGUGGCACUGCUUCAACUAUACGACCGAGGUGGAAGCCACAGGGUUGACGGUGCCUGCGCCUCCUCUGCCAGGGAAGUGGACCCUCUUUGCCCUCAUCCUGUCCCCAGCCCCUGGACGUAGACUCCAGUUCUCCCCGCCAGCCAGUCUCUCAGUCUUCCGCCCCGUAGAGGUUGAGUUCCGACUCGCACCUAGCAUCAACGUCGGGGAAAGUCUGGAGGUUGAUGUGAAGAUUGGCAACAACGUAAAUUCUUGUGUUGAUGUAAACGCUCUGCUGUCGCUCAAUGAAGGGGCGCACUUUGCUGGGGUGAACCAGCCCUUCGUGGCAGAGAAGUUACGCCUAGGACCACAAGGCGCAACUUCCUUGGUCAUCAAACUGGUUGCAACUAGUCCCGGCCUCAAGAAAAUGACUGUUGAAGUGUCAGCAUUCAUAAGUGAGACCUGCCAGACGAUCAGUGACUCUUCAGGGGCCCACGGUAACCACUCCUUGGUCAGCACAGUCGUUCGAUCAGCAGAGAUCAUGGUCUACCAUGAGGGUCUGGUGCGUUCCCAUACCGAGAGCGCAUAUUUCUGCGCCAACGAGAAAAUGAUGAUAUCGGAACCGGAGAACUUCAAGUUUGAGUUUGUGCCAGCCCCCCGUAACAGAGAGGGGUUGGUUUUCGAGGUGAGAGCUGCUGGAGGGGUGCAUAUAGCUCUGAGUGAACACCAAGCUACUACAGCCACUUCGUAUCUGCUGGUGAUCGACAAUGACGUCAGCUACAUUGCCAGGGGCAAACAUGGUUAUGGCGUACACCUAGUGAGCGCAGAGACCCACGGGGUUCUGUCCACGGAAGAGUCAAGGACUUUCUGGGUGUCCUGGGAAAGAGGAAGUGUGUCCUGUGGAAGAGGCUUUGUCUUCCACUCCAACACGCUUCUUAAGUGGAAGAUGAACAAGAAGACCAAAGUAGCCUUCGUAGGCUUCACUACAUCCUGGAGGAAGAAGGCCGACUUUAGGAUCUGGAACUACAACGAGGAGGCAGGAUUCUCCCAGGUCCUGCACCUGGAUGUUCCUCACUCUGUUCUACCUGGAUCUGAGAGUGGAACUCUUCUGGUAAAUGGAGGACUUUACCUAGCAGACCUUCCCUCAGCACUGGGGCCUCAGUCAUUGGCAGAGUACAGCAGCCUCGCCACAGCGAUUGCCAGACUGGCUCCACUAGUCCUAGGUAACAUGUCCAGCAAUGCCUCAGACGCUCAGCUGCGAUCGCUGUCCACACAUAUCCAGAAUCUUCUGGUGUUCCGACAAGAGGACGGCUCAUUUGGAGACCACGUCAAUGUUUCUAGUCUUUGGGCGACUUUGCAAAGUCUGGAUAUCCUCUCGAGGGCUCAGUCGUAUUUGGGGAUCGACCCUGAUAUUCUCUCCAAGGUGAAGGACUGGUUGAGAGGAAGACAAGCCAAAGAUGGCAGCCUGAGCCCUUGUCCUUCAGAAACAACUGUUGAUAACGCCAGCGAGCUCAGCCAGAAGAUACAAGCAACUGCGGAAACCCUGACCACUCUUAUCGGAAUUGGAGUAGAAACUGAGGAGGACAGCGAAAUGGUACUGAAAUCCCGUUACUUCUUGGAAAGAAACGUGUACCACGUAAACGAGGGCUGUCCCUUGGCCAUGCUGGCCCAUGCCCUGGUCAUGGCCAACAGUGAGCUGGCCAGAUUGGCCAUGGAGCGGCUAGGCAAUGUAUCCACUAAUGAGGAGGGUGACUUUGGCUGGCCAAGACCUCCUGAAAACACGGACUGGUUGUACGAAGAGGGAGUCGCUCAAACCAGCAAACCAGUUCUUACAGCUUCCGUGACGGACUACAAGGCAUCUCUAUACACUCUCAUGGCCUACACUCUCCGCUCAGAUCUGAAGGCGGCUGAACAGGUGGCGAGAUACCUCUUCUACAGAUCACAUGUUCUGGACAGGCAUCCGGAGCUGAUGCUCACCGCUCUCAAGGCCUUCUACCACUUCGACUCCCUUGCCUCCGACCCCCACCGGAGCCUGACCCUGUCUUUGGCCACGUCAGGUAUGGAACUGACAGACACCAUAGAACUGAGGCCGGACUCCGGUGCCCAGCGGCUUCCACUGCCCUCACUGCCUACCAAGGUGUUCGUCUAUGCCACUGGGGCCGGGUGUGCGACGGUGCAGGGAAGAGUUACUUACGCCACUUACUCUCCCGCAAAGAGCAACGCUGUUCUGGACAUUUCAGCAGUGGUUGAACAGGAGAUACUACCCUCUUUGCAAGAAAUGGAUGGCAAACUCCCAAUACUGGAUAUCAAAACUUGCUUUAGAUGGAAAGGUUCCGAGCCGUCUGGAGUGAUUCGAGGCGAACUUCAUCUCUUCUCUGGGUUUCAACUCACGAGCUUCAAACCCAGCAAAACUCUGGCGAGUUUGAGAUAUGGAGCUGACGGUGACAAAGUCUGGUUCUCACUGUUAGACGUUAACUCCUCCUGUUCAGUCUGCGUUCGUCUGACCAUCCACAGUGACUUCGUAGUGCGUGGUCUAAGACCUGCUCUGGCCCGUGUUUAUCCAGCCACCAGACCAGACCUGGCAGUGGAAACGUUCUUUACUUCUCCUUUACUCACAGACUCUGAUGAAGACUACAUCACUUGGUUUAACUCUCAUUCUGGUUCUCAAGAGGAUCAGCUUGUAGAAGUGAGAGAGUGCGAACAGAAUGAAGAAGAUAGCUUCAUGUCAAACCUCGCCCUGGCUACAGUCAACCCUGAAGUGUACAAUGAUGAUCUCACAUUAACUGAUGUAAUCAUCCUGAGCGAUCUAAAUUCUGAUGCAAAUACAACGUCUUCUCCAGAAGACACUCAACCUGUGACAGAAGAAGUCUUGAUGUUGUCUUCAGAAACAACCAAGUCUGAGAGAAAAAGUGACCCCAGCGAAACAAGUGAUAUUGUAGCUAUCAAGGAUGCGGAAGUGACUAUGGAGCUUGAGGUAACUAACACACCUGAGGUAACAAACAAAGCUGAAGCAACAAACAAAGCUGAAGUAACAAACAAAGCUAAAGUAUUAAACAUAGCUGAAGUUACAAAUAAAGUUGAGGUAACAAAUGAGACUGAGGUAACCCAAGGGACGCCUUCUGCAAUUGAGACUAUCAAAGAAUCCCCCACUUCCCAGCCACAAGAGGAAAAUACCACUACAACACCACUUGUCACUGAACGUCCACUAAAAGCGCAACCUCAGCCAAUUGUCAACCUCAAAGUUUUGCAGAAAGGAAAACAGAGCGAGAAGAAAGAAAUAAUAAAGAAAACAAAACUAUCAAGUAUGAAGAAAUCUAUGACAAAAUCAGUCCAAAAAGGUUAUGAAAAAGCGGAUGACCUACUCACCAAAGAAAUCAUAUACGUUGUUCGUGAAGAUGUAAGUAAUUUCACUUCUUCUGUGCCAAAGAAAGGACCAAAGCCAAUACUUGACAAGGGUGAAAUCGUCAUACAAGACCCUAACCAAACGAUGCCUGAGGAAGAGAUCAACGUCACUCACAGCCCCGUGGAAGUUAAGAAGGUGAACCACGUGACAGGACAAGUUAGGGAACCUGCGUUGCUCCAGGACUCUGUGACAGGACCAUCACAUCCUGGAAUAGCAGUGCAGGAGUCAGCUACUGUAGCCAAGGCUGUUGGAGACCGAGUCCUGGUCCUAGAUAAGAAUGCACUCUGGGGCAUGCUCAGGGAAGGUUCGAAGCCUUCUGAAGAUUUAAAAAAGGGAGGUUGAAGAGAUGUUUUGUAAGUCUAGUCGAAACUGGGUAUAUUCUUGUCUCGAGCACCCCUCGUGGCUUAUUAAAACAUUAACGUCAACAAGCAUUUCAGCUCGCAAAGAUUUCGUUAUAUAUAUUCUUAUGUCCGCUCGAAUUCUUGUACAUGUAAUUUUAUUUUUCCAAUCGAACACUGUAAAAUAAACUAUUGGCAAUUUUGUUUAAUAAUUGUAAAUAAUAUUGAUUGUGAAACAAAAAAGAUACACGAGACAAGAAUGUUUCCCAUUACCGAUUUACUUGCAUGUGGUUUGAGUGAUCAGCGAAAGUCUUCGUCGGACUGAACUUUGGUUUGGACAACAUAACGACUUUUAUAAAUCCACAAAUGUCGCUAAAGAUAGAUUAAUGGUGUAAGGUUAAGAUGGCUUUUGGCUAUUCUCAAGUUAGAUUAAGGAAGUGCUCAAUGCUUUGCUAGACAAUUCUGAAUUUUUACAUAUUAGAAACGAUUAAGGUUGUGUUGAAUUCACUAGAAGCUCGUCAAUAUAGUAACUGGUCAAUUCGCUUGGUGUUCUUUUUCAAGCAAAUGUAAAAAUAAAUAUUCAUAGACUAUAAAUGAUCAAUUCUUUAGUUCAUUCGUAGUCAGAAGCAUCAACAAAUAUAACGAAUAAAUAUUCGAAAACAUCUUUAGUAAUAUUUAGAUUGAAAAAUAAUUUAAAAAAUCUAUGACAAAUUCACCAAGACGAGUUUCUAGUGAACUAAUCAUAGACUAGUAAGGUUGUCGUGAUUAAGGUGUUUGUGUUGAAAUAAUUUUCUAGAUACAUCUAAAUGAUGCUCUUUCUGUUUCGUUUUACGAUUUUUGUAAAGCUAUUAGUAAGGUGUUCUUCUUCAAAUUACUCUAUACAUCAUCAGUGAACCCAAGGAAACAUUCUGCUUUCAAUAAUGUUUUGCACGAUCUUAGUGCGUUAUAGAGGUCAAAUUUUCUAUCAAAAAGGGAUAUCAACAUCCAAAUAAUGUUGAUGUUAUAUUCACAAAGCCCACGAGCUCUGUAUAACUUUAAAUUACACUAAUUUACCAUUCAUUGCCUUAAAUUUGCUCAAAAAUUAUUUCCACUGUACUAAUAGCUGUACAAUAUGUCAUCGACUAAAGUUUUACUAUAUAGCCACUGUACGCUACUGUUCAUAUAUACACCAAUAUUUUUUUAACAUUUGCACAAACGAUGUAUUUACUAUGAGAAAUCACACCUACACACACAAAACCGUCCAUUUUCAGCUACUCUUCAUUGUUUCGUCACGUUUGCUAUUAAGUGUACAUUGCUCUGUAAUAAAUAACUCAAAUAAAACCUAAACCCCUUUAAGGGAAGCGUUAUUGCUAAUAUAAAAUAUUUUACUAGGUACAUUUAGAAAUGUAUAGUUAAGUUGUGUAAUCAAAGAGGCAUAUGUUGUCAAAAUAUUUAUACAUACUGUAUGUUCUGGUUUCACAUGUUAACUUGCGUUUUUACGUCAACAGAAGGAAAUGAAGUCACACAAAGGACUGAAGAUGUUACCUGAACAAAUACAUUUUGCAAAGAAUUUCAAUUAACCUUAAAUUAUUAUUAGCUUGAAUUCACAACCGUCUUCAGACUGGCAUUAUUCUGUGAUUCAAAUGCAUGAGUAAACAAUUAUUCCUUGCUUCUUAAAGUAUCUUCUCAAUACUAACUGUAUUUAGAAUUAUUUAGACUAACAUGAAUAUAAAAAUAUAUUUUUAAAUUGUUUGAAUCAUUUUACACAAUCACAACGACAAUCUUAUUUAAUACUCAUUAUUUGGCAAUCAUAUUUAUUUUAGUUCGAGUCUACAAGCUUUAAUCUUAUAAUUUUCGAAAAUGUGAUAUAAAAAAUAUAAGAAGCAAUAAUAUAGAAUUUAGAUCGAUUAUGUAAUUUAUGUUGAACAUUCUGUUCCAUAAAUAUAUUUUGAAUACAAUUAUCAAAAACAUAAUUCGAUCCAUCGACAGAAAAGAAGCGAACAUCGAUACAUACCAUGUCAACAGUGAAGUAUACUUAGUCUUUAACCCUGCAUAAAAUAUAUAUGUACAUAAAGUUUAAUAGGUAUCAGUGUUACAUCUUGCAAUACGGUAGUAAGUUAGUCCGCUAUAGACAGUUAGAGACAGAUCUAGUCCCCUGUGGUUGUAUUGUUUAUUGUUUAUUGUGUUGUUUAUCACUAUGUUUUAUUGACGUGUUUUAACUCCACUGAGCGCCAAUGGUGUUAAUAAAUCAAUGUAUAUAGUUAAUAAAUCAUCGUUACUAACAUA